AUGACCACUCCGGAACCUACAACCGCCGAGCUGCAGGCGCGCCUGGAGGAUCUUACUACACGUGCCGGUGCCAAAGAUGCGGUUAAAGACUACAAUGCAGCAGCAGAGCUCUACUCCCAAGCUACAGAGAUACAAGCCGAGCUAAAUGGGGAGAUGUCGGUCGAGAAUGCCGAUCUUCUCUAUGCCUAUGGCAAGUCUCUCUACAACGUCGCCGUCAGCAAAAGCGACGUGCUGGGUUCCAAGAUAGCUGGAGAAAGCGCACAGCCGGAGGCACCCUCGAAAAAGUCGAAUGAACCUACCACAUCCGGGCUCAUCAAGGCCGCGAUUUCGAGUUCUGCAGAGCAAGGUUCUUUGGAUUCCAAGAAGCCUGCAGAUCAGAAGAAUCAGCUUUUCCAGUUCACCGGUGACGAGAACUUCGCCGACUCGGAUUCUGAGGAAGAGAGAGACGCAGGACAGCAGGAAGAAGAGGACGACGACGACGAUGAUUUUGCAAAUGCCUUUGAAGUGCUUGAUUUGGCGCGAAUUCUGCUACUCAAAAAGUUGGAAGAUGCGGAGGAAAAUCUGAAUGGCAAAGGGAAGGGGACAGACAGCCCUCCAGAGGUUAAACAGAUACAGGAACGCCUUGCAGAUAUAUAUGACUUGCAAGCGGAAAUUACGUUGGAAGGGGAGUCCUUCGAGAACGCUGUGUCAGAUCUAAGAGCCGCCCUUGAGCUCAAAGAAGCACUUUUCCCCUUCGAAGACCCGACCGUCUCUGAAUGCCAUUACAAACUCUCCCUUGCCUUGGAAUUUGCGUCUGUCAGCCAAUCUCAAGAGGAAGAUGGCGCACCGCAAGAUAAUGAAAAGCCAGCCGUUGUGGAUACUGCCAUGCGCGAAGAGUCCGCGAAGCACAUGCAACGCGCUAUUGAAAGCUGUAAAUUGAGGCUAUCACAGGAAGAAAAGAAGCUCGAAACUGGAGAGAUCAGUGGUGAGGACAAGAUAAAUGCAUCCAAGAGACGGAUUGCGAAUGUGAAAGAGAUUGUCGCGGACAUGGAACAACGGCUACUUGAUCUCCGCCGCCCACCUACUUCAAUCAAUGCUCCGAACCAAGAGGCUGGCGCUAUAGAUGCUCUAAAUGGGGUACUUGGUCAACUCAUUGGAAAAUCCGCAGCAGAGAAGGCGGCAACACUCGACCAAGUCAGCAAGGGAGCAAAUGACCUUUCUUCACUUGUGCGUAAGAAGCCUCAAUCAGGUUCUUCAUCAGGCGCGAAACGACAACGUGAGGCGGUUGAUGAAUCCGAAGGAUCGAAACGGGCGAAGACCGAAGAUCCGGCUUGA